UAAAAAAGGAAACUACUGUCACUUUUUGACGUUUAUGUAACCUCAAAUUUUGCCAAAAUGAAAAAAUACAAAAAUGUAUAGCCAAUUACAUAAAUACAGUGCGCCACUGAAGGCUGUAUGCAAAUUCUCGUUUUCAAGGAAAGUCCUAAACCUUGCUGAUAAUGGGUUGAAAACACAUUUUAGGUUAGACCCUAGAUUAAUUAGAGGUGUGUCGAGGGAGUACUCUGCAGUUUGUGCACUCCUUCAUAGAUCAGGUUUGCAAAAUUUGUCCCAUUUACCGUACUAUUUGGACAAAAGACAGUUCCAUUCGUCUGUGGGGCAUCCCCAGCAGUCGUCAGGGGGCAAACCUGGAGGUGAUAAAAACAAACCAAACGAUGAUGACGAUAAAGACAAGAUUUCGUCAUUGUUGGCCAAGGCUUUUUUGUGGAUGCUUACAGCCUACAUGGUCAUAGCAAUAAUUUCUCUGAUGUUUCCGAGUAGUAGUCAGCCUGAGGUCGUGCGAUAUGUCUCUUGGAACGAAUUUUUGUACCAAAUGUUGGCCAAAGGAGAAGUGGAAGAAAUAAUCGUGAGGCCUGAUAUUGAAAUUGUCACGAUUAUUUUACACGAAGGGGCGAUUAUCAAAGGGAAAAAAGUUGAUAACAGGACGUAUCACAUGAAUGUGGUCGAUGUUAAUAAAUUCGAGGAUAAAUUAAGGGAGGCUGAACGUCGGUUGGGGAUCCAAGACGGAAUCCCUGUCACAUUUGAGCGCGGGACAGACACAGCCGGGAAACUCCUCAUCUCGCUCCUAAUCGUCGCAAUCCUCAUCUCCCUUCUCGCACGGAGCAAGAGCAUACGCCCCCCGAUCAGCAUGGACACAUUUACGCAAUUGGGACGUGCCAAGUUCACCCUAGUCGACCCCCUCACCGGCCCGGGCAAGGGGGUGCACUUCUCCGACGUGGCAGGCUUGAGGGAAGCCAAACUGGAAGUAAUGGAGUUUGUCGAUUACCUCAAAAGGCCCGAAAUUUACAAGAGUCUGGGGGCAAAAGUCCCCAAAGGGGCUCUACUUUUAGGUCCCCCAGGCUGUGGCAAAACCCUAUUAGCCAAAGCGGUGGCCACUGAAGCCAACGUGCCUUUCCUAUCAAUGAACGGCUCCGAGUUUAUCGAGAUGAUUGGGGGCUUGGGGGCUGCCAGAGUAAGAGAUUUGUUCAAAGAGGCCCGCAAACGGGCCCCUUGUAUAAUCUACAUCGACGAAAUCGACGCAGUAGGGCGGAAACGAAGCGGACAGUUGGGUCAAGGGGGCGCCACUGGGGAAAGUGAACAAACUCUAAACCAACUUUUAGUCGAAAUGGAUGGAAUGGCGAGUAAGGAAAGUGUGGUUAUGCUUGCGUCUACCAACAGGGCCGACAUUUUGGACAGGGCUCUACUACGGCCUGGACGCUUCGAUAGACACAUUUUAAUCGAUUUGCCUGAUUUAGUGGAACGAAAACAAAUUUUUGAGCUACAUUUAAAAAGUAUAGCUUUGGAAAAUGAACCUGAAUUUUAUUCGAAAAGGUUGGCUCAUUUGACACCGGGUUUUAGUGGCGCUGAUAUCGCUAAUGUUUGCAACGAGGCGGCAUUGCAUGCAGCCCGAUUGAAACAAAAGCAUGUGACGCGGGAAAAUUUGGAAUAUGCCGUUGAACGUCUCGUUGGGGGUACUGAAAAACGCAACCAUGCCAUGUCCCCUGAUGAAAAACGCAUUGUUGCCUACCAUGAAUCUGGGCAUGCCUUAGUUGGCUGGAUGUUGGAACACACUGAUGCCCUUUUGAAGGUCACAAUAGUCCCAAGGACAAACCUAGCCCUGGGUUUCGCCCAGUACAUCCCUCGGGACCAAAAAUUGUACACCAAAGAAGAGUUAUUCGAGAGGAUGUGUAUGACUCUCGGGGGCCGAGUGGCAGAGUCUUUGAUUUUCAACCGGAUCACCACGGGGGCCCAAAACGACUUGGAGAAGGUCACCAAAAUGGCCUAUGCACAAAUCAAGGAGUUCGGGAUGAGCGAAAAUGUAGGUUUGUUGUCGUUCCCGCAGGAGGAGUCGCAAGGGCGCAGGCCCUAUAGUAAAAAAUUGGCGAAUUUGAUUGACAUUGAGGCGAGGAGAUUGGUUCGUAGGGCUUAUAAACGCACAGAGGAGGUUUUAUUGAAAAACAAAGAAAAAUUAGAAUUGCUUGCAGAGACUUUGCUGAAGAAGGAGACUUUAAACUACGACGAUGUUGAGAAUUUGUUAGGGCCUCCGCCCUUUGGGGCCAAACAUUUGAUCGAACCUGCAGAGUUUGAGGAGUCGGUGAGGAAGGAUGCGGGGGAUACUAAGCCAACUGAGACCAAAUCUGAGACUAAUGCGUCUGCGCCCAAAAUUUGAAACUAUUGUAGAUAGUGAGACAAGAUAAAUAAACGUUUUUCAAAAGCU